CAGCUGUAUGAAGGGAAGAAGAAAACAGAGUAUCACCGACGACAGGAGGUCUUUCGUUGGCGCGGGCUCACUGAAGUUAAGCAUCCCGCCGCCGCCGCCACCGCCACCACCGUGGGUGACCUGGCUCUCAGGCUCUUCUUGCAAGGGAGAUGAGGCGGCGAUCUGUCUUCGCGACUUCACUUUCCGAUCUGUUUGAGUCGUUAACAAUCGCCUUGGUGUUAAUGGGAUAAAGCGAUGCUACUUACGGUCUGGCGCCUGGUCGACCCCGUCGUCAAAUCCUCACGGCGCCACCACCGCUGCCUCGUUACCGGGAAACCCUUCUCCAAAUCAGGAUCUUCAGCUGCAGCCAUCCAGCAGGCUUCUUCCUCCUCCCCUCGCGAUGGCUUGGGGAUCUACUGCAAAAUGCACCGCCAGUGUUCAUUCAAGCUCGACAGCUACGCCUUACUGUUCGCCCUGACAUCAGCGGCCAGUAUGAAAGACACACUCAUCGUUCGCCACUUCCACGCCCAUGUCGUCAGGCUAGGCUUCGGUAGCAAUGUUUAUAUCGCCACUUGCCUUCUCUCUGCGUAUGUAGCUACAUCGUUUCGUGAUGCUCGCUUGUUGCUCGAUGAAAUGCCUGACAGAACCGCUGUCACCUGGAACGUUAUGAUUACAGGGUAUGCCAGGUCAGGGGACGUCGAUAAGGCACGAGACGUGUUUGAAGAUAUGCCGCAGAGGAACGUCGAUUCCUGGUCUGCUAUGAUAACUGCUUAUGUUCACAGUGGGCGCUGGCUAAAAGGUUUGUCUCUGUUUCGUGAGAUGAUGGUGGCGGGGAAGGAUGGGCUGUUGAUUAAGCCGGAUAAGAUAACUUUGUCAACUGUUUUAUCUUGUUGCGCCCAAAUGGGUUCUCCUGGAUCAGUAGUUGGGAGGUCGAUUCAUGGCUAUCUAUUGAAGAUGAAUGUGGAAUAUGAUACCGUUCUUGUGGACAUGUAUGCCAAGUGCGGGGUCUUCAAGUAUGCUUGCCUGGUUUUUUCUUCAAUGAAGGAAAAGAACGUUAUAGCUUGGACUGCAUUGAUAAGUGGAGCAGCUAGGCAUGGAUGUAGUGAAGAAGCAUUGGCAUUGUUCGAGAUGAUGAAAGAAGAAGGUGUUCAACCAAAUGAGAUGACUUUCACAGGGGUUCUUCAUGCUUGUGCUCACACGGGAAUGGUGGGAGCUGGGCGAAGGUACUUUAACUUGAUUGAAGAGUAUGGUUUGGAGUAUAAGAUACAUCACUAUGGGUGCAUGGUCGAUAUUUAUGGCAGGGCGGGACUGGUGGAAGAAGCUUUUGGUGUUAUCAAGAGGAUGAAACUCGAACCGAAUGCUACUGUUUGGGGCUCGUUUCUGUCAGCUUGUAAGGAGCACAACCGGUUCGACAUGGUUGAGAAAGUGAUUGAGCAGGUGCUGGCGGUCAUAAAGCCGGAGACUGACGGAGGGGUUUACACUCAGAUAUGUGAUUUAUAUGUUCUGAAUGAGAAAUGGGAGGAUGCUGAAAGAGUGAGGAAGCUCAUGCUUAACCAAAAUGUGAGGAAAGUUAGGGGAAGUAGCUUUGUCAGAAGUAGAGUGAACAGAGGUUACUCAUGAAGAAAUUACAGGGAAGAACAAGUGUAUAAAGUUAGAUGGAUGAAUUAGUGCUCUUCCUGAAGUACGAUUGACUUUCCGCUGCUGUCCUUUCAGUUACUAACUGAACAGAUGAAUACAUUUGGCGCUGAAGAAGUCGCGGAUUUUCCUACUUCAAAUACUCCGGGAGACUUGUGGGCUGUACGUGAGCACUGUGUACCUUACUAUGUUAUCAUCUUUGUGUAUUCUCUUCCUGCAUUGUAUAUUGACACAACUUUGGUUUGUUGCAGCUUAACUUUGUGUCUAUGGGCACCCAAUAUGGACUAGCCGCACGUGUGCCUGGCUCCCUCCCCAUGCUUGCAAGAAGUGCAUAUACUCAGCCCCACCAAGAUGAAGGCAAGUGAUCGACUCCUAGCAUUUUUAGCAGAAAGUUUUCUUACUUCUUUGCCACGUUUGAAUGUUUUAGGGGAAAUACUUCAGCUUUUAGAAAACGCCAUUGAGAGGGCACAUUGAACUGCUUGAACUCAAACCCGACAUAGGCAAAUAGUUGCAUGCCUAACUCGGUUACUAGGCUUUGUUUAUUUCUUGGGAUCUCAUAUAGUUCGAGUUGGUAAGAGAGAUACAUAUUGUAUUAUUCUCUGAUAUGUCACCUCGACCGAAAGUUUGUACACUUAGUUUGAAGUUGACUUAAGAUCUUCGAACCAUGUGCUAAAAAAAAAAACGUGAUAUAAAGAGUCAUGAGGAUUUUGCCUGCAUCAGCUUCUUCAUUCCUCAGAAGCUCUAAUAGCUUGUCAAUAUUUAAUAUGUCUUGAUAACUCGAGUUGUUUUGAAAAUGUCAGAAGACGAUGUUAAUAUCAAGGGUUUACUAAAAUUUAAACACAGUCUUCCCGACAUAGAAAAGCAUAUAAGAUUUGAGCUCGUCCCAAUUGUUCAGAAUGGUAGUUUGCAUGGAACUUGAAGAUGUGCAGGUCUAUCUUACAUUGUGGUUAAGUAGAAGGUUAAUAGUAGGGGGGAAGAACCCUUGUGAAAAAUGCACCGUUUUCAAAACUGAAUGCGGGAAACGAUAGUCAGAAUUACGAUUUCAAUCACUAAGCAUUAUUAUUCAUUAAUAGUAGUGGGGGAAGAGGCCGUGGGGCACAUCAAAUUCUGAACCACUGCUUUAGACUCGUUACAGGUUUGUUUUGUUCUGGUACAGGAUGCAAAUGUGUUGUCUGUCCCAGUUGAUUUAAAUGAUGCAGAAGGAAUGAAUGGUGCUUCUUUAUGCAUAAACUAGAAACACAGCAUGUAAUGUUCACGGGCUAACCCCCAACCCACUUGUCCUAAACCAAACCAACAACUGAGUUGGCUCUCUUGAUUUGUUAGCUGAAAGGGGUAGGGCCUUUUUUUCCUGGAGAAAUAUUUCUGUCUCCACCAUCUAGGUUUAAUUGUGUAGCCUCCUGAUUUGGCUAAGGAUUUUUAUAGGAGGAAAAAUGGAGAUCUUUACCUGCUAUGAUAAUCACAAGUCAUGAGGCCAAUUGCCAUACAUUACUACAUUUGCAGCCAUAUCCAGAUGCCCUCUCUCUCUCUCUUGCUAUGCUUGCCACAGCCUGGACAUAGCUUCAUGUGUCACAAAGAUCCACUUCAUGAUCUUGCCUCGCCCGAACACUGGUAACCUCUUUUUCCGUACUUUUCGAGGAAGGUGUACCAAUAGGGGAAUGUUGAAUUGAGAAUUUGUGAAAGGCUCUAGUUCGACUCGAUUGGAGAUUACUUUAGUAAAACCCUUUUGUUAGCCUCAAGAAUAUGAAAGAUGAUGAUAUCUAGAUUGCAUGUCAAAGAUUUCGCCAAUUUUGGAAAGGUUAAUCAAAUGAGAGAAAAUAGAGGAGAUUAAGUUCGACUAAGAGAAAGUUAUCGUAAACUCUUGGAUUCAAGAAGGCGGAAGGAAAGUUGAUAGAAAAUCGCAUAUUCAAAUUUUUUAGGAAAUUUUUUCUAAAACCCUUUCAGAAGAUAGGAGAGGAAGGUGAAUCAAACAAGUUUAAAUGGAAAUCCACCCAUUAGAAGUUCAAAAUCUGAUUUAUGGAUAACUAUGUGUAAAGUGGGAGCAUUGCAUUUUGUUCAAAAGUCAGCUUGAUGGCCUAAAAGUUUGGCCAUACCGGGGAAAUUUUCUUUAUGAUGAGAAUAUGCAUAAAAUGCUUGAAGCUAGAAUGGGCAGAGAAUCAAAUUGAGGAGGAAAGUGGAUGAAUUUAUAUCUUCAAGUUACCCCAAAAAUGGAAAUGCAUAAUGGCCCAAUUCAGUGACCACACUCAGCUUUUGAUAAAGUUAAGGUUUGGACUUUGGACAGAAACCACGGCACCUUCCCCUCUCUCAAUGGUUCAUCUUCAAUGUUUCAUAUUGGUGCCUAAAAGGAAGAGCAAACAUCUAGCAGCAUUCCACCAUAUCCGUUUUUAUCACAGAAAUUUGCAUAUCCUUUCUCAAUUGGCUUUUCAAAAGCCUAUAAGCCUGAUACCCUUAGCUAGGUUUGAAAAUGGAAUCACACCAAUUGUGGUAGAAUUGUAACUAAAUCGUCAAUCAAGAGACCAUGCGCGAUGUGGUGCUUGCUUCGCCUUAUCUCUUGGCCACGAAGAGAUCGAAUGGACGCUUGACUCCCCCGCUCUUAAUUCAUAAGAAUGAAAUGCAUUUCAUGAACUAAUGAUUGUUUUCUCAUCGAUAACGACGGUGUCGUCAACCUAUGUUUAACGUAAUAAAAAUACUUUAAUGAUUACUAUGCCGAUCACUAACAUCAGAGUAUGUACAUAGUGCACAGAUAAUCCAUUCAUUAAUACUUUAAUUUUUUUUUAUUAAUUAAUCGUACUAAAAAGUUUACGUUAAUUAAUAAGUGUUUACUAUGCCGAUCACUAACAUCAGAGUAUGUACAUAGUCUCCCCAUAUUAGCAUAUAUCAACCUUUGCUACAUACACUACUUCGUCAUGCUGAGAGAGUAGUAGUACUGUGAUCAAAUUAUGGAACUGAGACAUGUGUCUGCCUAGCUGUUUGAAAAGAACGUCGUCACUCUCAAUAUAUAAGCCUACGUAAC